GACCUGAAAACAUUGUUCUAUGACACGGUUUUACUUUUAAAGAGAUUGAGGAAAUCAGUCGGAGGAUAUGAGACAACCGAUAACUGCUGAGUGGACUCUGGGCUAGGAUGCGCCAAGGGGACUGCCUAUCCAAACUGACUCAAUUACACACCUCUGAGGGAAAUGUAUUGAUUUCCGAAUGGAUUUUGUUCUACAUUGCAUGAAAUGGAAGGAAUGUUUUGGAUUUUAAUCAAUAUAGCCUACCACAUUUUGAGCUAGGAUAUUAUAAUGCGUGUUAGCCAAAUUGUUUUGUGUUGCGUGCCUCUACUCGUAGACAGCUAGAAAUGUCUUUGUUGGAAUUGAAUAUGCGGUGUGGUGUAAAACAUACGCCUACUGAACAGGGAGAGAAUGAUUCUCAUUUACCGGGAAUGAGCACCACACUAAUCCCGUGUCAAAACGGUAGUGGUAUUCGUAGGAUGAAAUUCUACGAUAUAACAUGGACAGUGUCAAGACUCCGCGCAGUGGCCGAAUGUCUGAGACAACUUCGGCUGCUUUUUGAGGACUGUUGCGAGCUGGAUGGUCCUAACCAGCUGAAUGUGUCCAUGGGGCUCCAAGCCCUGCAGCAGUCUCUCCAGCCCCUGGCGGAAUGCUACCCAUCCACGGGUCGGCCUCCAGUCAGUCACGCCUUCACCAUGCUGCGUCUCUCCCUCACAGAUGUGAAGGUCCCCAGCAAAUCAGAGACCAAGCGCUACAGUGAGAUCUUCCGGGACUUCGAUAAUUUUGAACUCUCUCUGGUCAACUCCACUGUAGAGGAGAUGUUUCCAGACCCUGACUCCCAGUCAAUCGCUGAGACCGUCUCUACGGCAACCACCGACAACACCGAGCUGGAUCACGUGACGUGUGAGGAUGUCUACCCCCCAGAUGGUGAUGACAAAGAUGGAGGUCUAUCAGCCCAGGAAGCAGACCUGGCUCUGUGUCGCUGUGAGGGAGGCGUGGAGCUGGCCCUGCAGUAUGCCAAGAUGUGGUGCCGCUACGCCAAGGACCUGCUGGCCUGGAUGGAGAAGAGAAUCAGCCUGGAGCAAGAGUUUGCCAAGAACAUUGUGAAGGCAGCAGAAACAGCUAAGUCCUGUGUGGCUCAGCAGGACAUGAUGCCUCUGCAGUACAUCUACACCAUGGCCCUGGAGCACGACGUGAAGACCAGCCAGUCUACUAAACAGACAUCAGAGCUGCUGCAGCAACGCUGCUACCAGGCCCUGGCAUCCAAGAAGAAUGAGAUUGAUAAGUGGCGCAGGGAGUUCAAGGAUCAGUGGUCCAGAGAACAGAGGAGGAUGAAUGAGGCGGUGGCGGCUCUGAAGAAGGCUCGUCAGCAGUACCUGCAGCGCAGCGAGGACCUGGAGAAGACCAAGGCGGUGACGGCCAAGGCCGGGGACGAGCUCACAGCGGGAAACAAGACCCUGGACAAGAGGAGGAAGUCACGUGACGACGCACAUUCAAAGGUGAUAGAGGCAGAGAUGCAGUACAGACAGUGUGUGUGUGAGGCCCAGGACCACCAGGACAAGCUGGAGAGAUUGAAGGAGAAAAUCAUAGUUCACACCCGCAAACUCAUCUGCCAGGGGGACACUGUGCUCAAGGAGGCCACAGUGAACAUGUUCUACUUCCAGCGUCAGCAGACGGAGCCGGUUCCCCUGGGCUACCACAACCUGGAGUUGACCUGCAGGCCGUGUGAACCUGGGGAGCCCUACCUGCUCUACAUCUCCAGGAAGAGAAGCCAAGAACAGCCCCUACAAACCUUCACCUUCCAGGAGUUUGUCCCUCAGAACAAGAGUGGCCGUCGUAAGACCAGCAACCCCAGCUCUCUGCAGGACUCCUUCUCCCUGCCUGAAGAAAGUCUAGUUAAACGAAAGGGCUACAGUGACAGUGAGAGCAUAGGAGGCAGUCUGGAAUCUCUGUCCAGCCCAGCCCAUGGCAACAGGAUGCUCCUUAAAGCCCCCUCCACAGGGACCAUGUCAUCAGACGACCUGGAUGAGAGGGACAUGGGCACCGUCCUUGAAGGAGAUUGUGUGGACACCACUCCUGAGGGGAACGGUGCGGUGGGGAAGGUACGGACUACGUCCCGAGCCGCGCUGACGCACCGAUUCCGGAAGAUGAAGAGCAAGAUGGUGAAGUGCAAACAGUGUGACACCUACAUCGUGGUCAACGGCAUCGAGUGUGAGGAGUGUGGCGUGGCGGUCCACAGGAAGUGUCUGGAGGUGUUACUGCAUGAGUGUGAGAACAGGAAGGGCGUUCUGUUUGGCGUGGGUUUCUCCCUGUUGCCCCGGGACCGGCCUGACGAGGUGCCCUAUGUGGUCCAGCGCUGCACGGCCGAGAUAGAGAGCAGGGCCCUCACUCUACAGGGGGUGUAUCGUAUCAGUGGGUCGAAGCCUCGUAUCCAGAAGCUGUGUCAGGUCUUCGAGACCCAGGGGGACCAAGUCGACCUCUCUGACCUUUCACCUCAUGACGUCACCUCGGUCCUCAAACACUUCUUCAAGGAGCUUCCAGAGCCGCUGUUGACCUUUGACCUGUACAAUGACUUCAUCGGGGUGGGCAAGGAGAUCCAGCGUCUCAGUGAGAGGGAGGCGGCAGCAGAGACUCCUGGGAUAGUGAAUGACCUCACAUAUAACCUGAGAGACCUGCUGGAGAGACUGCCCCCAUACCGCUACUACACACUGCAGCAUAUGAUGCGUCACCUUCACAGAGUAUCAGAGAACUAUGAGGAGAACAAGAUGUCUCCCAGUAACCUGGGCAUCGUGUUUGGUCCGACCCUGCUGCGCCCGCUGGUGUCUGUAGACGUGUCCAUGGUGGCCCUACUGGAGACCACCUACCAAGCCCUACUGGUGGAGUUUCUCAUCACACACCACCAACACAUCUUUGAUGCUCCACCUCCCGCCCCCACCACCCCCCUCCCUGACACCCCUCCCCGGGCGAUGUGUUCAGGGGGGGGCAAGAAGACUGUUACUGGGCUUGACCCUGGGUCCCAGGACCCCCCCACUAGAGGAGCCUCGUCCAAAGAACGCCCCCGUUCCCUAGAGACUCGUACAAUCAAGAGAGACUCGAGCGAGGGUUAUAUAUCUGACAAGUCGUCGUCCAAUGAGGCAGUGGACCAGCUCAGCCCUGAGGCCAGUGAGAGAGCAGUCGUGGCUGUGAGGGGGGCAUCAACAGAGGCUGCUGCUCUGGGUGAUCUGGUAGGGGGUCCAGAGCCAGCUGACUCUCCCUCCGUGGGGACCCAGCCACGGAGCCACUUCAACAGGCAGCCUGUCAAGUACCAGCGCCAGCCCACCCCGGGUCUCCGCCGCUCCGCGGGCACUACCAGUGCCGGGCAGCUCGGGGAAGAGGAGGAUGAGGAGGAGGAUGAAGAGGAGGAGAGGAAGAGAAACCAACUAAGGAGCGCAGACAGCAGCCGUAGCCCCUCGCCAGAACCUGAACCUGUUAGCCAGAGAAGGAGAAGCCUUCGAUUGGAGCUUCCCCCCGAGACAACUGCCUACCACCUGCUCAGCCAGGCUGGAGGCCACGCCCCAGAGAGCCAGACGGAAAGAGAGAAGACACGCCCAUAUGAGGUUCCACAGGGCAGGCUGCGGGCAAGGACAGUGGUAGUAGAAACAUCAGUAGCUGAAACAACAGCAGUAGCGGCAGGAGCCAAUCCGACGCCGAGCACCGGUGCUCAGGAGGCGGGGCUUAGGAGUUGGUCUGCCACAUUGUCUCAGCUGAACGUGAACCAGUCCAAUAACAGGCAGGGGUGGGUGGGUGAGAGGAGGAGACUGAGUGGAGAGGAGGGUCUGAGUGGCCCGGCCCGGAAGAUCCUGUCAGGGCUGAAGCUCAGACGUAGCCACUCAGGACUUCAGCAACACUUUGUCUGAGGAGGAGGAAGGUUGGAACUUGGAACCAUAGAAUUAGAAUCACAUUUGAGAAUGGACAUUCGCCAUUCAAGUCAACGUUCCGUGGACUGACAGGAUUCUAUUUCUAUGGUUAAACCCAUAGAAGGGAUGAAUUGUAUUGUGUAACGUCAAGGGUUUUUUACAAAUACAGUGAAAAAUGACAUACACUCAUGAUUACUCGAGAAUACUCAUAAAUACAGAACAUACUAACAUACAGUACCAGUCAAAAGUUUGGACACACCUACUCAUUCAAGGGUUUUUCUUUAUUUUUACUAUUUUCUACAUUGUAGAAUAAUAGUGAAGACAUCAAAACUAUGAAAUCAC